AUGGGGGACAGCAGCAAUGAGUCAGGGCAUACUGUUUGCACACGGAUCAGAUUGUCCGUUCACGAAGCAACAAGAGUGUAUUCGGAUAAAUUAAUCAAUGCUGAAGAUAAAAAAGCCUUUCAGCAAUUGCUGAAGGAGUCGCUUCGCAAAAAUAUUUCUGAAAUGGUCGAAAAUAUUGUAUUUGCUGGACCAAUAAUAUAUUGUCAUUUUGCGGAAGGAAUCGGUGAACCAAAAUAUAUGCCAAUAAAAGAUUGGCAACAAUUGACAAAGUUACUGGAUGAAGCUCUGGUUAACUAUAACGAACUGGUAGCGGCAAUGAAUCUGGUUUUAUUCGAAGGUGCUAUGUACCAGGUUUGUCAAAUAAAUCGCAUUCUGGAGUCGCCAAGAGGAAACGCAUUGCUUGUUGGUGUUGGAGGAAGCGGAAAACAAUCUCUUUCUAGUCUUGCGUCUUUCAUCGCAGGCUUAGAGAAGUUCAAAGAACGUAGCACAGGUGUCAGUCAUGAAGACGGAACUGGAAGGUCGUCCACAUCCACGACUGAUAACAACAUCAAAAGUGCACGUAAACUGAUUCUGUCGAAUGGACAGGUGGCAUUGAAUGAUAUGGCAAAUCAUUUGUGA